AGGGUGUCACCUAUGUGUUAGCUGGCCACUCAUUUUAAUAUUCAUAUAUUUUAUUUUAUUUUCUCAUUUUCAUCUCCCUUCAACUUUCUCUUAGAACUUCAAGAGAGAAUCAAUUCCUCAUCAUUGGAAUUGUUUACUCUCUCAAUUCCUAGCUUCUCAUUGUUUUCCACAAAUAAAAAUCACUUUUUUUUCCUUGUCUUGGUUAAAUUAUGCUCAAAAUCUCUUAUAGACCCAUCAUAGUCUUUAGCCACAUUUUGUUUUAAAGAUCCUUGCUUUGAGUUUUGGCUAGUUUUAUUUUUGUUGGGUUAGAUUUGUUUUCAUUGAUUCUUCUGCCAAGAAAAAAGUUUCAAUUUUUUGUUUUAUUUCUCUCUCUCUUGAAGUUCAAAGCUUUUGUUUUUUUCUCUCUCUUGUGAUGGUGGACUUGUGGAAUGCUUUGGUCAGAGGUUUCUGUAACAUGUUCUAGCAGCCUUUUGGUGAAUUGGGUCGGUGAAUUUCCUGUCAAGUUUUCUAGAGAAUCUGUGUUCUCAGAGAUCUAACCCCCCCUCUCUCUCUCUCUCUCAUAGUUCUCAGUUCAUACCUCUUUUGUUGCAUAGCUGUGAAAGUGAAAGAAGAUGAUGAGGAUGAGGAAUAAUCAUAAUCAUAGUAAUAAGACAAAUGGUGUUUCUUCACCUAUAACCUCAGGUGGUUGCAGAACUGAACCCGGUUCAAUGGAUUGGGAGAUGAGGCCAGGUGGAAUGUUGGUUCAAACUAGAACCAAUAACUCAGAUCAAAACCCGGUUUUGGUUCCAACUAUUAGAGUUAGGGUCAAGUUUGGUUCAAUUUAUCAUGAACUCAACAUUAGCUCACAAGCCACAUUUGGGGAUUUGAAGAAAAUGUUGACAGGACCAACUGGAUUACAUCAUCAAGAUCAAAAGUUGUUUUACAAAGACAAAGAAAGAGAUUCAAAGGCUUUUCUUGACAUAGUUGGUGUAAAGGAUAAAUCAAAGUUAGUGCUGGUGGAAGAUCCUAUAAGUCAAGAGAAAAGGAUUUUGGAGAUAAGAAAGAAUGCUAAGAUGGAGAAAGCUGCAAAAUCUAUCUCACAAAUCAGCUUGGAAGUUGAUAGACUCGCCGGACGGGUAUCUGCUUUUGAAUCAAUAAUUAGCAAAGGUGGGAAAGUUGUAGAAUCAGAUGUGAUUGGUCUUAUUGAGCUAUUGAUGAAUCAAUUGCUCAAAUUAGAUACUAUAAUUGCUGAUGGAGAUGUCAAAUUGCAAAGGAAAAUGCAGGUAAGAAGAGUUCAAAAGUAUGUUGAAACAUUGGAUAUUCUAAAAGUUAAGAAUUCUACAACAAAUGGCAAUGAUGUUCAAACAACAAUUCAACCUCAACAAAAGCAGUCAAAUGGGAAAAAAUUGGAAACAAUUCAAGAGCAACAACAAGAACAGCCUAGAAAAAACUCAAAUGAGGUUUCAUUAAUAUAUGAAGAACAACAACAACCUUCAGGAGUUGUAGUUACUACAAAAUGGGAGACAUUUGAAUUUGAUUCUACCCCACCAUUAAUCACAUUUCCAUCUACAUCCACAACUACUCCUUCAAUGAACAAUAAUUCAGGUCCUCCUAAGUUCAAUUGGGAAUUCUUUGAGUGAUAAAUUGCAAUGCCACAUAUGUUUGAAAUUUGUGUGGAUGUUAUUUGGGUUUGUAUUCCACUUGGAGUGUUAUAUGUUUUACAUUCUUUUUGUGUAUUUAGAUUUGUUUAGCACCCCUAUAUAAUCUGUCAUUUACUUGGGAAAUAAAUGGGGUUGCUAUGAUAGUGAGUAUCAUAAAAAUAAGUUAAUUUUAUGUGAUUA